AUGGUUAAAGAUCAAUAUGAAGUGAUGUUGUUUGACCAGAAGAUAUCAGCAGCAGCCCUGUCAAUAUCGACAUUGGGAGAUGUCAUUCUCACUGUGGUAACUGUCAGAGAUCAGAAAACUGAUAGUCCACUGGAGGUCACUGUAGAUGUGGGCAAGUGCUCCAACCCAAGAACUCCAGGUGGCUUGGGAUGUGUACCCACCAAAUUUGAAUCAGUUGUGUUUGAGAAUCCAAAUGCAUUAGAGCUUUUUCAAACUGUGGAAUUGUGUGAAAUGACAGAGAACCGUUACAGACUGCCCCAUGUGGAGUAUUACUAUGUGAUCACUAUUAAUUCCAGCAGUGAGAAGGAAGAGAGCCUUAAGGAAAUCGAGGUUGGCAGAUGUUUGGGAGUGCGUACUGCAGGAAGUGGCUGUCACUUCAGGUGA